CGGGGCGGGCUGCGGUGGGGAGGGUGGCCAGAGCAGGUGGAGGGCUGGCGGAGCAGCGGCAGAGGGGCUGCCUUGGCUUGGCCUCUGGGGCCCGAGCUCCAGCGCCCAGCUCUCCCCUCCUUGCUGGCCCCCGAUGCCUGCCAGACUUUUGUCUUUGUCGGAGCCCCUCCCCGUCCAGUUGGGAUUUGGGGGCCGAGCUGUCUGGGGUCCCGGGGCCAAUGCAGUGCCGGCUCCUCCGGGGCCUGGCAGGAGCCCUCCUCACCCUCCUGUGCUUGGGGCUCCUCUCCCUUCGCUACCACGUGAGCCGGUCCCCGAAGAGCGUGCAGGAGACCCCCGGGCUGAGCCCACCGAGCCCGCCGCCCCCGGAGCUGCAGCUGCAGGACGUCUACAUCGCCGUCAAGACGACCCGCGCCUUCCACCGCUCUCGCCUGGACCUGCUGCUGGACACGUGGGUCUCCAGGACCAGGGAACAGACGUUUGUCUUCACUGACAGCCGGGAUGAAGGCCUCCAGGAGAGACUGGGGCCCCACCUAGUGGUCACCAACUGCUCUGCGGAGCACAGCCACCCAGCCCUGUCCUGCAAGAUGGCUGCUGAGCUGGAUGCCUUCUUGGCCAGUGGACUGCGGUGGUUCUGCCACGUGGAUGAUGACAACUAUGUCAACGCAAGGGCGCUGCUGAAGCUGCUAAAAGCCUUUCCGCAGACCCUGGAUGUGUAUAUAGGCCGGCCCAGCCUGAACCGGCCCAUCCACGCUGUGGAGCCGCAGCCCCACAAUCGCACGAGGCUGGUCCAGUUCUGGUUUGCCACUGGGGGUGCUGGCUUCUGCAUCAGCCGGAAACUGGCUUUGAAGAUGGCCCCAUGGGCCAGCGGCCCCCGCUUCGUGGACACAUCUGCGCUCAUCCGGCUCCCUGACGACUGCACUGUGGGCUACAUAAUUGAGUGCAAGCUGGGUGGCCACCUGCAGCCCAGCCCCCUCUUCCACUCCCACCUGGAGACCCUGCAGCUGCUGGGGGCUGCCCAGCUCCUGGAGCAGGUUCCGCUCCCUGCAUUGUCUCCUCUACCCCGACACUCCCUGGUGCCCCCAGCUGGUGGCCCGAUGAGCCCGGAACUGCCGGGUGACUGUGGAGCUGAGGCCUAUGGUUGUCCCUCGCCUCCCAAGGCAGCCCGAGGGCCUGCGGCAGUGCCCGGGGUGGGCAGUCCCCGGCAGGGCUCCCGAGUGGUGGGCAAGCCCAGGAUCGGAUGGUGACUGGUGGUGAAGGCAUCCCAGGCUCGGAGACGAGGGUCUGAUGGACCGGGAACCGGGUGGAGUCAGAGAGGCCCCAGGGGCUGGGCUCCCACGGGCCCUGGGUGGCUGAAUUGAACAGGGGCUUCUGGGUGGGGGGUGGUCCCAGCCCAGCUCUGGUCUCUGUCACUCCCUGGGGUCAAGCACUGGGCCCGCCACUCACUCCUGGGUCCCUGGGCCUGAUCCGCAACCGCUGGGCACUGGGGGAAAGGCGGCGAGGGCAAGGUCUGUGGCAGGUGCUGUGGUUGCUGUCCAUCUCCAGCUCCUUGCCCCUCACCCUGGCUAACAGGCCCCGGUUUUGUUUGGAGGGUCAGCCUGCCCGAAGCCGACGAUGGAUCAUCAUGGGUCCCAGCCAAGCUUGACGAGCCUUUUGCUCACUCUCUCAGCUCCCCGUGCUGUUAGGCGCUUCCAUGUGCCCAGCUCUGCUGCAGUCAGAGCUCUGUCCCUUCCUGUGAACUGAGCAAAGCCAAGGGGGAGGAGUCGGGGAAAGUGUUGCCGCCCCGCCCUCGCUCUUCCUGCUGUGGAUGUGGGUGUGAUGUCUGGUUCUGGGCGGCCACUUUGUGACCAUGAAGGAGAGGCCAGGACAACCCUCCGCACCUGUCUUGUCUAGCAUCCGGUUCUGUGAGAAAAGUAAACCCUGUCUGUUCAAGUC